UCAGAGGGGCUGAAAAUUGCGGGGUGUUUGGCCUUUUCCCUCCCACUUCCAAAAAGCAAAAACAACAGCGCGAAGCGAGGAGCCGUCCGCCCUCGCCCUCGCUUCACCUCGCCGGCUCCGAAUGAGGGGAGCUCGGAUGUCCGGUUUCCUGUGAGCCUUUUACCUGACACCCGUCGCCUCGCUCCGGCACUGGCUGGGAGGGCGGCUUGCAAAGUUGGGAACGCGGAGCCCCGCACCCGCGCCCGCCGCCGCCGGCUCGCCCAGGGGGUUACCGGGAGGAUCUCGGGGGAGAGGGACCCGGCGGGGAGCGCAGCAGCGCAGGGGCCCCCACCGCGGCCCGGCCUCCCCAGCUCCCGCUCCUUCCACCAUGCACUUGCUGGGCUUCUUCUCUCUGGCGUGUUCCCUGCUGGCCGCUGCGCUGCUCCCGGGUCGGCGCGAGGCGCCCGCCGUUGCCGCCGCCUUCGAGUCUGGACUCGGCUUCUCGAACGAGGAGCCAGACGCCGGCGAGGCCAAGGCUUAUGCAGGCAAAGACCUGGAGGAGCAGUUACGGUCCGUGUCCAGUGUAGAUGAACUCAUGACAGUACUCUACCCAGAAUACUGGAAAAUGUUCAAGUGCCAGCUGAGGAAAGGAGGCUGGCAGCAUCAUAAAGAGCAGCCCGGCACCAACAUAAGGACAGAAGAGAACAUGAAAUUUGCUGCCGCACACUAUAAUGCAGAGAUCUUGAGAAGUAUUGAUAAUGAGUGGAGAAAGACUCAAUGCAUGCCUCGUGAGGUGUGUAUAGAUGUGGGGAAGGAGUUUGGAGCGGCCACAAACACCUUCUUUAAACCUCCAUGUGUGUCCAUCUACAGAUGUGGGGGCUGCUGCAACAGUGAGGGGCUACAGUGCACAAACACCAGCACAAGCUACCUCAGCAAGACGUUGUUUGAAAUUACAGUGCCUCUCUCUCAAGGCCCCAAACCAGUAACAAUCAGUUUUGCCAAUCACACUUCCUGCCGAUGCAUGUCCAAACUGGAUGUUUACAGACAAGUCCACUCAAUUAUUAGACGUUCCCUGCCAGCAACAUUACCACAGUGUCAGACAACAAACAAGACUUGCCCUACAAAUUACAUCUGGAAUAAUCACAUGUGCAGAUGCCUGGCUCAGCAAGAUUUUAUUUUUUCCUCCAGUGCUGGAGAUGACUCUACAGAUGAAGCUCAUGGCAUCUGCGGCCCCGACAAGGAGCUGGAUGAAGAAACCUGUCAAUGCGUCUGUAAAGGAGGGCUUCGGCCAUCCAGCUGUGGGCCCCACAAGGAGCUAGACAGAAACUCAUGCCAGUGUGUCUGCAAAAACAAACUUUCCCCCAGCUCCUGUGAGGCCAACAGAGAAUUUGAUGAAAACACAUGCCAGUGUGUGUGUAAAAGAACCUGCCCAAAGAAUCAACCUCUAAAUCCUGGAAAAUGUGCCUGUGAAUGUACAGAAAAUAUGCAAAAAUGCUUCUUAAAAGGAAAGAAGUUUCAUCAUCAAACGUGCAGUUGUUACAGAAGGCCAUGUCCAAAUAGACUGAAGCAUUGUGAGCCAGGAUAUUCAUUUAGUGAAGAAGUAUGUCGCUGUGUUCCUUCAUAUUGGAAAAGGCCACAUAUGAACUAAGAUAGUACUAUUUUUCAGUUCAUCGUUUUCGAUCUUGGAAAACUAUGUUGCCAUAUUAGAACUGUCUGUGAAGACAGAGACCUUUGGGGACCGUCGUAACAAAGACAAAACCUGUGUUUUCUGAACUGUGUGGAUAACUUUACAGAAAUGGACUGGAGCUCACCUGCAAAAGACCUCUGCUAAGACUGGUUUCUGCCAAUGGCCAAACAGCUGAGGUUUUUCUCUCAUGUUUAAAAAAAAAUAAUAAUUAAUGACUAUAUAAUUUAUUUCCACUAAAAAUAUUGUUUCUGCAUUCAUUUUUAAAGCAAUAACAAUUGGUAAAGCUCACUGUGAUUAAUAUUUUUAUAGCAUACAAAAUAUGUCUAAAAUAAAAUGAAAGUUGUAUUAUAAGCUGGUAAUUUCAGUCCAUUACCAUCUUACACGAUAAACAAAAACUGAUAUCAUGAAACCAUUGACCUUCCCUCUCUUUUUCUUUUUCCCUAACCAAAUGCCAGGUUCAGAUUGCUGUGGAAAAUUGUGAUCCUAUAAAAAAAGUUUCAGAGGCCAACAGUACGCUGUUGUAUUUUGUUUAAAUUCAUCCCUUAAAAUAUUUAAUGAUUAUAAACAUUUUAGCACAUGAUACUCUUAAAUUUAUAACAAAGUAAAUAAUACAGAACAUAUUAUCUUGUAAGAUAAUCUGCUUAGCAGGUCCAUGUGAUUGUAAGUUAUUUAGUGCCCUGGAAGCAUUCCAACUCAUAACUUGAUAUAAAGUCUUUCAGUAUAUGUUAAAAUGGCUUUAAAAUAUUUUACUCAAAAAGAAUCCUUUCCAAAUACUUAACUUCUGACUAGCUGAAAUACUUAUUUUGAACUGAAGUGCUCCUACCCAGCACACUGAAAAUAACCUGGAAAGAAAAUUUAAACAGUCAUAUAGGUUAGAAAGGAAACGUUUCAGUCACACACUGAAGUACGGGUUUCAUUCCUAAUAGGCAUCAUGCUAAAAUACUUUUCUCUGGGAGCAAUUAUUUUGCUUGCUUAAAUACAAGUAAAUUAAAAAAAAAAAUUUCUAUAGAUGUUUGAAAAUGUAAACAAAAACAUACUUUUAAAUGGUGACUAAUAAAUGCAAAGUAUUAGUAUCUACAUGCAUUGCUAUAAAAUAAAUAAUUUGUUUUUUAUAAAAUAUUUCAUUAGAAGGUUAAUGCCCUAAAAAGUACCCUCAGUGUUUUGAAUCCUAACUUUUAAAACGGGUUUUGCAUUCAGUGUUUAUUCAAUCCUAAUUAUGUGCUCUGUGCAACAUUAAAUGUAACAGUUGAUAAAGUAGGAUUUUUCAUGUAUUGGGGAAGAAAAUAAGCAGUCUUCUAAAAUGUAAAAUGUUCUCAUUGUACAUUUAUGGGCCAUGUUCUUAUUCUUUGCUAAUUAUCUACGUCUAGGUAAUUUUCAAACUUGAGAACAGGAAAAUACGGUAAGCAAAUUUGACAACAGUUGCAGUUUUCUUAAAACGUCUCUAAAAGAACAAAUUCAGGAGUGAUUAUGGAAGAAAAAAUGGAAUCUAAAUAAAUAACGUCCUUCCAUCUGUUAGAGGCAUAGACCUUCAUCCAUAAAAUGUCAUCAUCUAUGACGUUCAGCUGAGCUGUAAUUCAAUAAUUUUCAUCCCAUUUGAGCCAAAAAUGAAAGCACACGAACUUCUAAACUGUUAUUGGUGACCUGGUCAAUUAUUCUUUAGUUUCAGAAAAAAUUAAAUAAAUUUUUUUAGCUAAUCUGAAAAAAAUCUAUUCUGAGCUCCAAAUGAGCCCCCCGAGGCCACGUAAAGAAUAUUAGAACCUGAUACAAUGACUGUUAUCAGCUUAAAAAACCAUCUAAACUGUGUGCUGACAAUUAGUUUCUCAGAAUAUAUGGGUAAGCCAAAAAUAUCACUAGACCAAAAAUUAAAGCCUGAAGCAUGCCAGAAAAAAUAACGCACAGAUUUGUCCCUGGAGAUGUAAUAAUUUUGAUCAAAGGCAUGAAUAGCAUGGAUAAAGACAACACAUUGCCAGAGAUACUUGCAAGCAAUUUUAUGUGGACCAUAAAAAUCCCACAGCACUCCAUUAUAAUGAGUAAGUUUUUGGAUGCCAGUGAAGAAGGUGGACUAGAGGUAUAGCCAAGCAAUUAUGUAGAAUAUGUAGAAUAUGAAUUUGAUAGUCCCUGCAGAAAAGCCCCAAGAUACCAAUCCAGUCAAUCUAAAGGGUAAAGAUGAGAAACUCUGGAAGCCUGCAGCAGCAGUCCAUGUAUCCAAGUCCUAGAAAGUUUAUAAACAGCACUUGAUGUCCAGAAACCCAAUACUGUAUACUCUGUCUGGAAGACUCAAGAAAAACAUGUUUGGUAAAUAAUUGUGUAAGAUUUACCGUCCAGUUUUUUUUUUUUUUUUUAAUAUGGGAUUUUGGCACUUAGUAACUGAUUGAGUGAAACAGAUUUUCUAUUAGAGGUUCAGAAAGUGACCAGGAGUUUGAGAGGUGAAUAUAAGACACAUUCACUGGUGUACCCCAAAUGCACUUCUCUAAGGGAGGGAGCGAGGAACAGGCACACACCUAGGCCUUCUUCAGGGAUAUCCUGCUCUAGGGAUUUCACUCAAAGCUGAGAGAGGAGAAGUAGGAACAACAGGUGAGAGAGUUCACGUUACCUUCAUUGUUUUAGCGUAUCACCCAAGUUUAUGAACUUCCUCACGUGGUUAAUAAGCUCCCGUGUUCACCUAAUUAGGAAGUAUGAGUAGCAAGAGCUGAACAAAGGUCUCUUGGCCCACAUUUUACCUAUAUUACCAAACUAUCCCCCAAGAUCUGAGCGCUUUCAUUAUCAGAUUUUUCAAAGGAUACUUUUUAGGGACUUUACCUUUUGACCUGGAAAUGAGAAUGACGUCAAGCUAGUAUUCACUCUGCUGCUGUGGAAGAGGGAAAGUUGAUACGUCUGAUUUUUAUAUAGUAGAUAAAUUUGAGAAAGCUCUGAAUAAAUCUAAUUAUUGUACCCUAAAAAUGCGUAUAGUACACCCAGAGAACUAUUUAAAUGAAGUCUGCGAAACAGAUCUUUUUAAGUAAUUACAUCAUGUCUUUAUUGGUUCAUGUGUUUGAGUUUUUGGUAUAUUGCAUAAUUUUUUAAGUUAAUUAUUUGUUAACUUGUGGAAGUGGAAACGGAAUUUCAUGGUAUGGAAGUUUUUGUUUGUUUUAUAUAUACCAAAGUUUCACUGUUUAUGUUUCUUCAUUCCAUAGCUAACAGCUCAUUGCUUAAAGAAGCAUACUAUAUUAGAAGGAAGCCUGGAUUGGGAAUUAUGAACCAGGUUUUUAAUCCUGAUUUUUCUGCUUUAUUCCUGAACAUCACCGAGAUACUCUGAGUCCCAACAUCUUACUCUGUGAAAGGAGGAAGUUGGAUUAAAAUUAUAUGUGAGAUCCCACCUCUGAAGUUGUAACGUUUGUACUGAACUGCAUAAAGAGAGAAGUCUAAACCAGAAUAUUUUAAAGAACUCUGGGGAAACAACAUGCUUGAGAUUAAUAAACAAAUGAGAAAUA